UACAAACGGAUGCAUGGAACACGGGCGAAAAACUGCCCAGUUUCAAUCCCACUCGCUCCAGAAUCUACGCCACUGGCACAACACAAGUUACAUUAUACAAGGGAGUUCCAGAACAAACUGAAUCCAAAAACUUUUAGGAUACAAAAAUCCAAAAAAAUCCUCCAAACAUGGAAUGAAACGCAAAAUUUGCCAUUCCUUUCUCUCAAGCCGAUCCAGAGCACCACAUCUGAAUUUAUUAUGAAUAAGAAUCUCGUCAAUGUGUUCAAACACUUGUCGCCUGUGGUUCGGCUUAGUCCGCUUGUGGAAACCAAGCCAGAGAAGCGAAACAUUCGUUAUUCACGCCGGACUAUUGCCAUUUAGAGCGCGCGUAUGUGUGGUUGAUUCAGAUCGGUUUAAGUGACAAAGUUUGAUUUCAGAAUGGAUUUUUUGCAAUAUUCAGACUACGCGCAUUUGGCACAGCCGGCAGUUUUGCUGACGAAGAGCAACAACAGGCAAAAUAUCAUGAAACGGAAAAAAAGUGGCAGUUGCAAUCAAGGUUUUCCUACUCCUAUGAAGCAGCGAAGUCAAGCCAAUGCUAGGGAACGCGACAGAACACACAGUAACUACGGUUUCAGUGUGAACACCGCGUUUUCCACUCUGAGAACCCUCAUUCCAACCGAACCGAAGGACCGGAAACUGAGCAAAAUCGAGACUCUACGCCUGGCGUCCAGCUACAUUUCCCACCUUGGUACCCAACUAGUAGCAGGUCCGAUCGACCAACCAUGCUUGCGCUUAAAUCAGAAUGACGAGGACAGUUCAAAUUCCAGCUCCCCGACAAGGCAGGUGUGCACGUUUUGCAUUUCUCACAAAAAAUACCAGAAAAUCCUGCCUCUAGAGGAUUUUCACACGCAAACCUACGAGUGCCAGCAAAUCCUGCUCGGACCUGCUUCGGACGCCAUGCAAACCAUCCGAAUAACCAACGCCGGCGAGCUGUACCAUCAUCAAUAAGCCCUCAAUUAAUUCUUGUUGUGUAUAAAUAAAUAUAUAAAUAGCUCUCGAAA